AUGGUCAGCGACAACUCCAUCGACGACACGCUGCCACGGUACGAACAAGACAGCCUCCUGCCGCAGGCUGACAACAUGGCUCCCAAUACCAAAAAAGCUGCUGCCGAGUGCAUCUCUGAUGAUGCGCUGAUACACCUCAAGUCCUACAAGUAUUCGAGCGUCGACAAGUCCCCCGUGUCGAAAUAUAUCCUCGGUCCCUGGUGGAAUGCUUUUGUAAACGUUCUGCCGUUAUGGAUUGCCCCGAAUAUGGUUACCCUCUUGGGAUUCUUUUUCAUCCUGGGUAACAUUGGCCUACUGGUCAUUUUUAUGCCCGACUUGGUCGGACCUACCAUGGACAACGUUGAUGGCAAGCAGGCACGAAGGACAGGCACAUCGAGCGGCCUCGGCGAACUAUUCGACCACGGUAUCGACUCUCUCAACUGCACCCUCGCCAGUUUACUCGAAACGGCCGCCAUGGGCCUGGGAACGUCAAAUGCUGGCAUCUUUACCGCCCUGUGCCCUUGCCUGGCCAUGUUCUUUUCCACCUGGGAGACAUACCACACCCACACUUUGUAUCUGGGCGUCAUCAACGGCCCUACCGAGGGCUUGCUGAUUGCUUGUGGCAUCAUGAUUGCCUCUGGGAUUUGGGGUCCUCAUAUCUGGACUCUGCCUCUCGCCAAUGCUCUCGGCGACAGCUUGCCUGGGCUGGCGCACCUGCUUGGCCAAACGUCGUUCCGAGAUAUCUGGGUUGGCUUGAUCAUUUCGUCCUUGCUGGUCGGCCACAUCCCCUUCUGCCUGUACAAUGUCGCGUUGGCCCGCCAGAAACAGGGCCUUCCCGUGACACCUGUCUUUGCUGAAUGGACGCCAAUGGCUGUCUUUACGCUUGGAGUUGGAGCCUGGGUGUUCUCGCCAUAUAGCACCCUGAUGACGGACAACCACCUGGUCUUGUUCUGCUUGACCAUGUCGUUUGUCUUUGGCCGCCUGACUACCAAGAUGAUCCUGGCGCACCUGACUCGCCAGCCAUUCCCGUACUGGACGGUGAUGCUGGCACCACUUGUCGGCGGUGCGUUUCUCGGGAAUCUGCCUCGGUUUGGACUGCCCCAGAUCGGUGCGACUGCGGAGCUGUACUAUCUGUGGGCGUACUUUUUCUUCUCCUUGGUGGUUUACUUUCGCUGGGCGUAUCUUGUCAUUAACGCCAUUUGCGACUAUCUCGGCAUCAAUGCCCUGACGAUACCUAAAGAGAAGCAAAUCGCCAACAAGCAGGCCCGAAACGCCAUGAAAUUGCAUUAA